AUGCAUAUCAGAAUGGAUGAUUCAGUGGAUGACAAUGAAAAUUUCGUUUUCAGUGGGAUAUUUCCGGUAUGUUUAGAGGACAUUAAAAUGGUCAUAAGAAAUAUUGAUUAUUCUCCUCUAUAUUAUACAUAUCAAAAUAAUUGCAAUCAUUAUGGAAUCAAAUUAGCGAUAGAUAAUCCUAAGUUUUUAACGUAUUGUAUGCAUCUCAGUUUUUAUUUAGAUCAUAUAAAAAAAGAAUCCAGCGAUAAUAAAGAAGCAAGUUGUAAAUAUUUUAAUUAUAUUCUAAAGUAUUUUGUACGAGAUAUAAAUCCUUCAUGUAAGGUGGAAAGAGAGUGUUAUAACAGAAUGAUAAAUGCAAAAUAUGCAAAUAUUGAAGGGAUGUCUGAUAUAUGUCUACAAUAUGUAAUAAAUUUUAAUGAUGAUACAUUUCAGAAAUUUGACAACUUGUAUAACUUAUAUAAUACAUUAAUAAAUAAUGGUGAUACAUGUCUUUCCAAUAGUACUUGUUUUAAUAAAUAUACGGAGGUCUCAAGUAGUUGCCAAGAUGGGAAAAAGGGAAAUUUUUGCAAAGUACUACAAUCAUUUAAAGAACUAUACAUUAAUGACGGAGAAAAUGAACAAAAAGAAGAUUCUGAAAUCAUGUAUACCUCCACUGGAACAUAUAUACGGAUGAUAUUUUUAAGUUUAAGUUUUUCUACAUUUGUAAUAUCACUAAUUGUAUUCAUUUUAUAUAAGUAUACUCCUUCUAGUUCAUAUUUAAAACCAAUGAUAAUGAAGCUAAAAAGAAUAUUUAAUAAAAAAAAUGAUGAAUAUCUCACAUUAUUGGAUCCAUUCGAAUAUACAUACAAAAAUUCUAUUGAUCAGGAUUAUAGAAUUGAAUAUAGUUCAGUAUACAAUACUUAA